AUGGAUUUAGUAAAUCAUUUACCAGAUAGAUUAUUAUUUGCAGUACCGAAAAAGGGAAGAUUAUAUGAAAAAUGUUGUCAAUUAUUAAAUGGAGCUGAUAUUCAAUUUAGAAGAUCACCAAGAUUAGAUAUAGCGUUAUCAACAAAUUUACCUAUUGCAUUAAUCUUUUUACCAGCUGCUGAUAUACCUGUUUUCGUUGGUGAAGGUAAUUGUGAUUUAGGUAUAACUGGAUUAGAUCAAGUAAUGGAAUCAGAUCAAUUUGAAAAUAUAAAAGAUAUACUAGAUUUAAAAUUUGGAAAUUGUAAAUUACAAAUUCAAGUACCUGAAAAUGGAGAAUAUAACGAACCAAAUCAACUAGUUGGUAAAAAAAUUGUAAGUAGUUUCACUAAACUAGCAUCUGAUUACUUUGAAAAUUUACAAAAGGAAAUACAAUCUAAAGAUCAAAUAAAAAUAAGAUAUGUUGGAGGAUCGGUUGAAGCUUCAUGUGCAUUGGGAGUAGCUGAUGCUAUUGUCGAUUUAGUGGAAAGUGGGGAAACAAUGAAAGCAGCAGGAUUAAAAGCAAUUGGAACAAUAUUGAACACAUCAGCACAUCUUAUAUCAUCAACAAAACCAAAAUAUCCCGAACUUGUUAAAACAAUAACAGAUAGAUUAGAAGGUGUUUUAGCAGCUCAAGAAUUCGUAUUAUGUAAUUAUAAUGCUCCUAAAUCAAUAAUGUCUAAAUGUUUACAAAUAACACCAGGUAAAAGAGCUGCAACUGUUUCAACUUUAGAUAAACAUUCACCAGAAGAUGAAGAUUGGGUUGCAAUUUCUUCAAUGGUUUCAAGAAAAAAAAUUGGAAAUGUAAUGGAUGAAUUAAAAAAAGCUGGAGCAUCAGAUAUUUUAGUAUUAGAAAUUUCAAAUUGUAGAGUAUAA